AUGGCGUACAACGCCGUCGCUCAGAUCGACCACGAGGUGGCUUCGAACUCAUCCGCUUCUGCAUCACGCAGCCCCUCGCCCGCCCACGGUCAUGCAUUUGAGCAGCUCCCGCUUGACACUAAUCACAUUGGGGGAGGAAGCCAUCUAGAAACCGCCAAAACGACCGACAACUCCAACUUUGGCCCUUUGGGUUCCAUGAUCCGCUCUAUGACUUCUGCCAGCUACGAUGUGGUGGAGGACGAUGACUAUGACGCCGAUCCCUCCCCGGAGCGUUCCAACAGCCUCCGCCGCAUUCCUCUGCUUAAUACAGCUGUCGCGCAGCAUUCCUCUCCCGAACCACCGCUCCACAGUGCAUGCAGCGACAUUUCCGUGCCUCUCAGUCACCCUACCCCGGAUCUUCAGUCGAUACAAGGUGCCUACAUUGGAAAUGUAGAGCGAUUGGAGCAAAGUGCGGAGCGGCUGAGCUCGAGCUCAGCAGGUAUCGGCAGCGAGAUCCGCCGCAUGGAUCUGGCGCAGAAGAAGCGCUCAUGCAGUUCCGCGUCGAAUUCCAUAAAACUCCGGAAUGGUGCAUUCUCUCCGACGGGCACUAUCUCCUCCGCUCAUGGGUCGAAUGUGUCCCCUGCGCGUCAGCGCUCCGUAUCGGGGUCUCACCUGGCACGGCUCUCCGAGCCCGAUGAUGGCGAACUCGCACACGAGGUAGAUGAAUAUCCCUCGCUACCUAUCCUGCCUCCUACGCAACCCCUUUUCUACCCUCAGAGCGACUACCAGUACGACCAAUAUGCUCCGCAACAAGUCCCCGCAGCGAUGGAGCGACGCGCUUCGGUCGCAUCCAACGAUACCUACCAACAGGCCCGCACAUUGUUCACCGAUUUUGAUGGUGUCCAUUUCGCGCCUUUGGAUAGGGCUGAGUCUAUGCGCCAGGUCCCCUUGAACCAUCCGCCUUUGGCUAGGAAUCCCGACUCAUACAAACAGUCACAAGCGGGAGAGAACAUGGUGUAUUAUCCAGCCCCUGUCCCGCGCAUGCUGAAUCUCCCACCUAAAUUGUCGCGCAAAACAAACACAGCACACGACAAACGCCGCGCGGAGGUUGCAGCCGCCAUCGUCGCUCAGGAUCGAAAGUCGACUGCAGUCGUACCCGGUGCUGACAAUAACAAACCCACCGACGAACAAACCGAAAAACACAAAUCCAGAGUGCCGGCUCACCUCCGUGCGAGUGUGUUUUUCGACCAGCCCAGCACAUCCCUGCAAGUAGAGGUCAAGCAACAGUCCGCUGUAGCGACGCUGGAGAGCAUUCUUGACGCUUCUGCGAAUGCACCCGUGUCCGCUUUUACUGAUCACCCCUUCGCUGGUAAUCUCGGCUCGAACGUCUACGCAAAGUCCAAGCGUAAGUCUCUUUUCAAGGACUUGACGGGACAGAAAGCAAACCGCCUCUCACGGAACACCAUGGGGCAGCCUCUUAGCACCAACAAUACGGAUGAGCAUGGUGAUUCAACGACCACGGGCCACGGUUCGCAGGCUGGGCAUGAUUCCGAUAGAGUCCAUAAUGAACACGACGAUUCGCGGUCAGAGGUGACUGACUCUGGAAGCGGCGAGCAAUCCACAGAGGGCGAAGGCGAAGAAGAGGAAGACGACAGUGAAGAGGAGCUGGAUUAUGUCGGCCCACCAAAUACACUUAUCGCCGAACUCGAGUUGCGAAAGCAUGAGCUGGCACACCGACGCCGCACAGCGGUUCCUAUGCCUUAUCAAGGAAUGCAGACCACCUUGCUUGAAAUGGACGAAAUGGCCCAAAAGCAGAGUGACAAACGACGACAGCGCCCUGUAGCAUUGGCUUGGGAAGGCCGCGACGAGGAUGAAGAUGUCCCCUUGGCUAUGCUCUAUCCUGAAAGGCCCAAUCCAAACGACGAGGAUCGACCUCUUGGUUUAAUGGAGAAACGGCAACAGGAGGAAAAUGAACCUCUGAGCUCACGCCGAGCUAGACUACGGGGUGAACCCAUUCCGCAACCAGAGCGGCGCCCUGCUACGGUGUAUGGAGCCGAGAAAGUGUACACCCCUGAACCACCUGAGUCUGUCCCUGAGAAUGGUGAUGAGGUCGAGACUGAAACUCUGGCCGAACGUCUGCAACGACUGAAGGGACACAACCGCUCGGAGAGCAAGUUCGCCAGUGAUCUCAUGGCUGAAAUCGAUACCCGGGCUGGCAUUGCUCCCAAAGAAACCCCAGCUGACCCCGAGACCAAUGAGGAAGAGACUCUUGCGCAGCGACGGGCUCGUCUCCAAAAAGAGGCCAGUGCCCAACCUGCACCGGCGAAGAACCCACGCGUACGCCGGAGCAUGGCUGCCCUUACGCAGGGUCGCCCAGCCCAACUCAACCGCUAUUCGUCCCAUGAUGCUCUCAAUCAGCGACCGGGCAUGUCCCAGUACGGCAAUCGAAUGUCAAUGCAGCAAUUCCCAAGCACGGGGUACGGUAUGCCCCAAGCCUACCCUAUGGCUCAGCAAUAUGGCUAUCCCAUGUCCCAGACCGGCUUUCCAGUCCAGCAUACCAUGAGUAUGAAUGGGAUGGGAUAUGCCAUGCCUCAAGGAUGUGGACCAAACAUGAACAUGGCUGGACAGCCAAUUGACCCGGCACAGGUCUCCGUGAUUGACCGUUGGAGGCAAAGCAUUCGCUGA